CUCUACCCCUUACCUUUACCCCUUUACCCCUGAAUCCUCACCAUCACCGUCACCAAGAUGAACUGGACCGAAGCCUCGCCGUCCGUCUUCACCCGAGACCUCGGCGGCGUCGAGAAGAUCUACCGCCUCGUCUCACAAUCCUUCCAGGCGACUGGCCGCGAGCACUGGGGUCUGUACUGCGAAUGCACCUUCGAGCUCGACCCGCUGCAGCCCAACGACGCCACAGCGGCCGCCCUCCGCAGCGCGUGGAUCGCCCUCCGCCACGAGCUGCCCGGGCUCGCCGUGGCCCCCGGCGGCCUCGACAAAGCCACCUACACCCUGCCGACCGCUUCAUCCGUCGACGCGUGGGCCGACGCGACCUUCUUUGUCAACGCCGCCCCCACGCCCCCCCUCAACGCCGUCGUCGCCGACUACCCCCUGCGCGAUCUGCCGGCGCUACACUACUUCCCGUCAUCCUCGCAGCUCCUCUUCCUCGCCUCGCACUGGCGCGUCGACGGCCUGGGCACCUGCAUGGUCCUCGACCGGCUCUUCGCCCUCCUCGCAACCAACACCCCCCCACCACCGUCAGCCUGGCCCAACGACCUCGCCAAAAUCUCCCCCAGCAUCGAAGACGCCGUCGGCGCGCCGCCCGCCGCCGAGGCUGCCGCCGACCCGGCCACCGCCUCCUUCGCGCGCGAGCACAUCGCCAAGCACCACCGCAACGCCGUGCACGCCGGCGGGCUCGCCACCCUCGGCACGCCCGCCACGCCGCCCGGCCGCACCGCCUGCGCGGCCCUCACCUUGUCUCGAACCAGCACGGAGGCCCUCGCAGCCGCGUGCAAGGCGCGCGCCGUCUCCGUGACCGCCGCCGCGCACGCCGCGCUCGCCGAGACCGCGUUCCGCCUGUCGCCGGCGCCAAAGCCAGAGCGCUACGCGGCCGUCAUGUCCGUCAACAUGCGCCCGCGGCUGCAGCCGGCGUUCCGUGGCGCGGAGCACGCCGUGCAGACAUAUGUCACGGGCGUCACGCCGUCGGUGGGCCGCGAUGCGACGUUUGGCGAGCGCGCCGCGCACCUGACGGCCUUCUACAAAGAGGGCUGGUACAGCGAGCGCUUUGUACGUGCCAUGCGGCUGGCUACGCAGUAUCACUUCGAGGCCAUGGCGGCUGCGAGGGGUGCAGCGCCGCAGGGCGUGAAGCCGAAGCCGCCGAGCAAUGUGCUGCUGAGCAGCCUUGGCGUCGUGGACAAAUAUCUCGCGCCGCGGCAUGCCGGUGGGGAUAGGGCGGUGCGUGUCACUGGUUUCAGGUUCGGGGUUAGCAUGCUCACGCGCCAGAUGCUGCUGUACGUGUGGACGUUUGACGGGCGGCUGCAGCUGUCGGUGAACUACAACGAGGCGUACCAUGGUAGGGCGGAGGCAGAGGCGUUCUUGCAGACUAUGAAGACGGUGCUAGAGACGGAGCUGGGAGUUGGGCUAGACUUGGAUUUGGACUAG